AUGUACCAUAGAGUGGCAAAACCGUUUAAAAUAGAACGUUUUGCCCAUCGCUUCUAUGCAGCCAUACAAGAGACAUUUCCAAUAAUAACACAUAACAGAAUAAAAUUUAUUAUUUCAGUCAGCACUGGCUUGUUAGAAGUUGGAUUUUAUUGUCAGAAGAUAGGGAAGUUACCUGUGGAUUUCGUGAAUUUUGUUGAAGAUGCUUCAUCGAAGGGAACAAUUCUUGUGAGCUUUGGGUCUAAUGCGGAUUGGGAUUACGCACCUGAUGAAUUAUUAAGUUUAAUAGUGGAAGCACUAAAUCGUCUUUCACAGUACAGGAUUGUAUUCGCAUAUAAUGGAGACAAAAAACGCAUACGGUCUAUCGGUCAACAUAUAAAAAUCACUACAUGGGCACCACAGGUAGAGAUACUACAGCAUAAUAAGACAGUGGUCUUCAUUAGCCAUGGAGGACAAAAAAGUGUAAAAGAGACAAUUUGUGGAGGUGUUCCUGCUGUGUACAUACCGCUAUUCGCUGAACAAGCGCAUAAUGGAGAACUGGCCCGAAAAGCUGGCUUUGCUGAAACUCUCCACAAAAAACGUCUAUCAUCUGACUUAUUAGAGAAAGUCGUGAAAAAAGUAGCAGUUCCAAAACAUUCUUAUGCUUUGGAACUGAGUUUUAAUUUUCUGUCAACAUUCGAUAGUUAUGCGUCAUUUGACUUACUUAAUAUAAAGAAUCCCUCUCUUUAA